CAUUAAUAUAUAUUGUUGAGAGAAACAAUUAGCAAACAGUGAACUGAGAAUUGAAACCCUCCCAUAUCUCCAUCAUUUCUUAGAAUUUCAUACCCACAAUCAAUAUAUAUAUAUAUAUACACAUAUACAUAUAGUCUUACAGAAUGUUGAGCAAGAAAUUAAAGCCAGAACUGAUGGGGAAGCUCACUGCUGGCGACAACUACAGUAUAGAUCAUUUUGGAGUAGGUAUUGUGGCUGCUCUUGAGAAAUCACAAGGUGUGAGAAGAAAGGCAGCUGUUUGUGUUCCAAAUUUGAAUUCAUCAUCCAACAAUUACCAUCAUCGUAAAAAUGGAUCAAUAUGUGGUGAUCAUCAUGACUAUGAUCAUAUUAAUAGAAACAGAAUUAAUACUAGUAAGAAUAAGAAGCGUGUGCUUGACAGUAUGUCUCCGGCACCACAAGAUAUUAAUACGAUGAGGCCAAUAUUUCCGGCCUCUGAUUUCCUCAGUUCGUGUCAUUUGUGCCGGAAAAAACUCCAUGGGAAGGACAUUUACAUGUACAGGGGAGAGAGCGCGUUUUGUAGCGAGGAGUGUAGAUACAGGCAGAUAGUGAUGGAUGAGCGCAAAGAGCAGUACUGCAGCUCUCUUGUUUCAGACUCACCUUAUACUGCUUAUAGUAAUGCUUACACCGACAAAGCCAACAUCUUCUCAACUGGAAUUCUAGCUGUUUAAAUUUACAACCAAACAACAUCCAUCAUCUAUGGCAUGCAUCGAUUCAUCUUCUGCUCAUGUCACCGGAAGACUACGUGUAUAUACACACACAUGAGAAUGGGAUCGAUCAGCUAGCUCAAUGUCAGAAAUUUGUUUACUUCUUCCAAUUUUACUUUUGGAAACUUUUAAUUAUGAUGUCAAUCACAAUUUUGGACUUUUACAGCCUA